CUGGUUUGGAUAUUUUAACAUAAAAUGGCGGCCAGUGAUACAGGAGACGAUUCACUUUACCCAAUUGCCGUACUUAUUGAUGAACUUCGUAAUGAAGAUGUUCAGUUGAGGCUGAACAGCAUCAAGAAGCUGUCAACAAUAGCACUUGCUCUGGGUGUAGAAAGAACCAGAACUGAAUUAAUCCCAUUUCUCACAGAUACAAUAUACGAUGAAGAUGAAGUGUUGUUGGCUCUCGCUGAACAGCUUGGUGGGUUCACACCACUGGUUGGUGGACCAGAAUUUGUUCACUGUUUGUUGCCACCCUUGGAAAGUCUGGCUACAGUAGAGGAAACAGUUGUCCGUGACAAGGCAGUGGACUCUCUCAGAACCAUAGCUGCUCAACACUCACAGGCUGACCUAGAAAAUCACUUUGUUCCUUUAGUCAAGAGGUUAUCUGGGGGUGACUGGUUUACAUCCCGUACAUCAGCUUGUGGGCUAUUCUCUGUGUGCUACAACCGCGUGUCAACAGCUGUUAAGGCAGAGCUCAGACAACACUUUAGGAAUUUAUGUAGUGAUGACACACCGAUGGUGCGAAGGGCCGCAGCCUCCAAAUUGGGCGAGUUUGCCAAGGUGGUGGAGACUGACUAUCUCAAGUCCGACCUGAUCCCAAUGUUCACUGCUCUAGCCCAGGAUGAGCAGGACUCUGUGCGGCUAUUGGCUGUGGAAGCCUGUGUCAGCAUAGCAUCUCUGUUACCGACACAAGACACAGAGAACCUGGUGAUGCCGACCCUGAGACAGGCAGCUGAGGACAAGUCCUGGAGGGUGCGCUACAUGGUAGCAGACAAGUUCACAGAGCUGCAGAAAGCUGUUGGUCCAGAGAUAACAAAAACUGAUCUAGUGCCAGCCUUCCAGAGCUUGCUGAAGGACUGUGAGGCAGAGGUCAGGGCAGCUGCCGCUCACAAGGUCAAGGACUUCUGUCAGACACUCUCCCCAGAUGUGAAAGAGGAAGUUAUCAUGACCAGCAUUCUGCCCUGUGUCAAGGACCUGGUAUCAGACGCCAACCAACAUGUCAAGUCUGCCCUCGCCUCUGUCAUAAUGGGACUCUCACCUAUACUUGGCAAAGAUAACACAAUCACACACCUGCUACCCCUUUUCCUGAUACAACUGAAGGAUGAGUGCCCAGAGGUCAGGCUCAACAUCAUCUCUAACCUGGACUGUGUCAAUGAGGUGAUCGGUAUAAAACAGCUGUCCCAGAGCUUGUUACCAGCUAUAGUGGAGCUGGCAGAAGACACUAAGUGGAGAGUAAGGCUGGCAAUCAUUGAAUACAUGCCUCUGUUGGCAGGACAACUGGGUGUUGACUUUUUCGAUGAGAAGUUGAACUCCUUGUGUAUGACAUGGCUAGUGGAUCAUUGUUUUGCUAUCCGUGAAGCAGCCACACAAAACCUGAAAAAGUUGGUAGAGAAGUUUGGUGUGGAGUGGGCUCAGAACACAGUCAUCCCUAAAGUACUACAGAUGGCUCGUGAUCAGAACUACCUGCACCGUAUGACCUGCCUCUUCUGCAUCAACUUAUUGGCAGAUGCUUGUGGAGGAGAUGUGACUACUAAGAUCAUGCUACCCACCAUCACAGGAAUGUCUACGGAUGCUGUGGCCAAUGUGCGAUUCAAUGUGGCCAAGACUCUACAGAAGUUAGGGCCGAAACUGGAGGCAUCAGUAAUUCAACAGCAGGUGAAGCCAUGUCUGGAGAAGCUAAGGCAAGAUUCAGAUGAUGUACAGUAUUUUGCCGCUGAAGCAAUAGAUGCCCUGAAAUUAUCAUAG